CUCAGUUGCUGCACAUUUCGAUAGAAUCUCGAACGUCCGGCUGAUAGAACACAAGCAUCCCGCAAAACACGCUUUGGUGACAUAUAACGAGAGCCGAUAUGGUCGUCCGAAGUGAAAACCCUUGGGAGACUUCAACGAAGAGCGACUUCAUUUCGGUGGGCUCGUACAAGCUAUUCUUGUCCACGUCUGGUCCACCUAGGAAGCAUGGUCAGCCUGUCAUAAUAUACUUCACAGGCGGUGGCGCGCCGUCUAUAGUAUAUAUGCGACUACAGGAAAAUCUAUCUGAAUUCACUAGGACCUAUUUCUAUGACCGAGCAGGCUACAACAAUAGCGAUCGAGGGCCAGAUGAGUGGGUGACUACACAGCGUAGUGCCCAAGAACUGCGGGCGUUGAUGCGCGCUGUCAAUGUUGAGCCACCAUACAUCAUUGUCUCACACUCUUACGGAUCAAUCGUAGCUCGAUCAUUCCUAGAGUUAUAUCCUAACACGGUCGCUGGUGCCGUACUCAUCGACUCUGCUACAGAGCUGAUGUUUGAACUUUAUCCGUCAGUUCCAUGUGAGGAGCUCAAGGUCAUUGGCACCAAUGUAGACUUCGCCGAAGUUACUCACCUCAAAGAAGAAUCGCAUCUUUCUGACAACGAGUGGGCUGCCAUAAUCAAAGCCAUAAGCAGAACCACCCAAGGUGCCGGGGCAGAAGAUAAUCGCGGGAGCGGAACAUGGCUGGCACAACGACAAGAGAUGCAGCGACAGGUCAUGGCCGACAAACCACUCAGCGUGAUCAAAUGCAAUGCCGCCGACAAAGACUAUAAAGUCAUCUACGAGCAUGGCGUGAAGAUGGGCAAUGGCACGAAAGAGGAAAGGGAAAGAGCACAGAAAUUCAUUGACUCCUAUCGCAUCUUCGAUGAUCAGAUCAAGGCCGCUCAGCUUCGCCUAUCCCGCAACAGUAGGUACGUCGUCAUCGAUUGUUAUGGCCAUGACAUGCCCAUUCGCAGACCACAGCUUGUCGCGAAAGAGGUGAAGUGGGUUCUCGAACAGCUUCGAUAUCGGAAGAACAGCUUGCAUCACUCUGCUUCGGCCGUGGAAUCGAGAGAAAUGUUCGCGCAACCGGCCAGAAUCUCAUAGUCUUCAGGACCCAUAUUGGCGGACUCGGCAAGAAUAUCAUCGUGCAUAGUGGCCAUGUGAGCAAGUUCAGCCUCAGUGAAUAAGUUGCGGAUCGACUCAGCUCGCAGUCCUGAGUCAUGAGUAUUCAAGACUGGACUCCGAGGCUUGACUUGUGUCUCUAACUCCUCCGUGUCGAGGAUUGGACUCGACGGAUCCCACUCGACCAACCUCUUAAAGU